AUGGCCGCCUACGCGCAGCAGAUCCUCGUCUGCACCGGCCAAAACGACUGGACGAGUCGCAUUGAGAACGACGGGGAGGGCCAGAGCUGGGGUGAGCUGGUCCGAGGCCUGAAGCGCCUCAUGGGCCGUGGAGGGCCCUACGCAGACCCAUUUAACAACGUUCUUGUCAGCAAUUCCUCGUUCCCGGCCUCAUCUACCGCCACGGCGUCGGCCUUCCUCUUCCCGAGCUUCAAAUACUUCCCCUCUAUCCCGACCGACAUCCUCGGCUCCACGAGCACAGAGACCACGGACCUCUCGGCGUUCGUGCGCGCUUUCCUACUCCCGGAGAAGCUGAGCGCAAUGGCCGAGUCGCUUCCUGAACCACGCAAGGCCGAGCUCACCCGCAAGCCGGAGCUCUCGUCCGCGUUCCCAGACGCAGUCGAUAUCCAGACGUCGCCUGUCGUCCUGAUCUGCGGCCACGGUGGGCGUGACAUGCGCUGCGGCGUCAUGGCACCAGUGCUGCGGGACGAAUUUCAAAAGGUGCUUCGUGACAGCGGAUUUCCUUCCACGGGGAAGGAUGCGAAAACUAUCGACGGUCCUGAGCAUGCGCAUAUCGGGCUGAUCAGCCACGUCGGAGGCCAUAAGUAUGCUGGGAACGUGAUUGUGUAUAUUCCUCCCGGUAUGAAGACGAGUGGCACCUCCAUCCUGCACCCGCUGGCGGGUAAGGGCAUCUGGUACGGCCGUAUCGAGCCGAAGCAUGUUCGGGGUAUCGUGGAGGAGACGAUCUUGGGGGGGAUGGUGGUGGAGGAUCACUUCCGCGGGGGGAUUGAUCGGAAUGGGGACAUUUUGCGCUUAUGA